AUGCUAGGACCGGUUUGGCCCGAUGAUGAGUGUGCCUUUCCGGAUUUCUACGACAACACGCAAAUAACAGGCAACUGGUGGGUCAAUGAAUUUGUCCUGCUUCAUGAAAAGUUGAAAUUUGAUGGCAUAUGGAUCGACAUGAAUGAGCCAGCCGUGCUGGCAACCAAUAUCAAGAAGCCGUAUUACUGGAACGAUCCGGCAAAUCCAAACCGCCCGCACAUACCAACACUGAAAUGCCCACUUUCCGGACCGAAAAGCGCCUACGAUAUGCCACCGUACCAGACAUGGAACGCAUACGCCUAUCACGUCUAUGAUGGCCCCGACGAGGCU